GUGUGGUUUCAAAAUAAACGCUCAAAAGAAAGACGCAUGAAACAAAUCACCAGCAUGGGUCGGCCACCGUUCUUUGGAGGUGCUCGUAAAAUGCGAGGAUUUCCUAUGAAUCUAUCGCCGGGUGGUUUAGAUGAUGGUCCCGGAUUUCCCUAUUUUGCGGCGGAGGGUAAAUUUGAAUUUGGCUAUGGACCACAUUUUCAUCCACACGAUGGACCCUUCUUUCCAGGACAUCCUGGAGGACCAAUGCCUUUCAAUGCGCCUGGCGGACCAAUGGAUCAUACGGGUCCAAUUCCUAUGGUUAAUGAAUUUGGCCUAACACCCGAAUCACAAUUUCUUAGUCAGACUGCCGGACCUCCCAUGAAUAUACAAUCAGCGGGAGGUCCGCAACCACCUCCGGACCAUCUGCUGGCCGCCCAGCAGCAACAACAACAAGCCCAACAACAACAGCAGCAGCAACAACAACAGUCACAACAAUCUCAACAAAAUGGCCCGCGUUCCGCAUCACCUGAAUUCAUGUCAGCCGCCAAUUUCAGUGAACCUCAAAAUAUGCAAAACGAAACGCUAGUUUGGUAAUAUUCAAAAGAGUUGGCAACACGUUUGCUACUAUUAAAAACUCUAGCCGAAUAUCAGCAACAGGAGGAUGUGGUUUGAAAUGAACUCAAAAUCAAACAAUUCAACGUUUAGAGGGCUGGUCCUUAUACAGAAACAAACAAAGUCGUCAUUCAAAGAUCAUGGAAACACAACACUCAAAUAUUUGCUAAAAAACUACUUUAAAUUU